AAGUCAGGCCCAGGUUAAACGUCGUGCUUCUCAUGUGCCGAACCUAAUACAAUUGAGUUCACCAGAAGCGCGACGUUAGCGCGGCCGCCAAGUUAAACGUCGAACCAUGGUCGAACCUAAUGCGCAGAAAAUUACGGUCGGGGCGGUAUCCAAGCAACAGCCAUCGAUUAAAGAUCAACACAAUUUUUCAAAAUGGCCUUAACUCGCAGAGCGAAAACCUUACUGUUGAAAAGUUUAAUUUCAAAGCGUCGUAAGCGUCGAAAUUUGUUGAUUAAAGGAAUGGCCAUUAUUCUACAACAGAGGCUACUGACAUUGAGGUCGUUUCUGCUGGCAGCUACGUAUUUAUUUGGCAAGUUGACAACAUCACGGGCUAGGGUUAGGUCAUGCAGAAGGUUGCCAAGAAAUACAGGUUGGUGGGAGAAACUGUGGUUUACCUACGACGAUAAACGAUUCAAGCAAACACUAAGAGUAUCAAGAUCAACAUUUGAAUUUAUACUGACAAGAAUAAGACCGCAACUUGAGAGACAAACGCUUACUGAAGAACCCAUCUCUCCAGAACUUCGUUUGGCAAUCUGUCUCUAUCGUCUUGGUAGAGGGGAUUAUCUUUACAGCAUAGGGGAAAUGGUAGGCCUAGCACGUUCAACAGUCACAAGGAUUGUCAACGAGGUCACCCAAGUAAUUGUUUUCUGUCUUUGGGAACAAUUCGUAUCUAAUAAUAUGCCAAAAACUGAAGAUGAAUUCCAGAGCAAGAUAUUAGAUAUGGAAGAGCUUUGGCAGUUUCCCUGUAGUUGGGCAGCUGUUGAUGGAUGCCACAUCCCCAUUAAAUGCCCACCUGGUGGCCAAAGUUCUCGAAAAGAAUAUCACAAUUUCAAGAACUUCUAUUCAAUUGUUUUAAUGGCAUUAGUGGAUGCCAAAUAUCGUUUCAUUUGGGGAAGUUGUGGCUUCCCUGGGAAUUCCCAUGACUCAAUCAUUUUGCAAUCAACCUCUUUGUGGAAGAAGAUAAAAGAUGGAAAAAUGAUUCCAGAGAUCUGCCAACAAAUAGAUGCUGUUAAAAUCCCCCCUCUUAUUCUUGGAGAUUCUGCCUUCCCCUUUGAAUCAUUUUUAAUGAAACCUUACACCAAUGCUGUUUUGACAAAAGAACAACGCUAUUUCAACUACAGACUGAGUCGUGCCCGUAUGGUCAUUGAGGGAGCAUUUGGCCAGCUUAAAGGAAGAUGGCGGUUCUUGUUGCGAAAGUCUGAGGGCAAUGUCUACGAAAUCAAAGUUGCUACCUUAGCCUGUUUAGUUUUACAUAAUAUUUGCCUUGAUUGUGGAGACACUCUGCCUUCAAAGUUUGAUGUAUCAAUUGACCCACAAAGCAGUCAAAGAAGAGACAGAGCAACAAUCCGUGACCUUCUUCUCAUGAGUACCAGCAGAAAGAUUUUUGAUGCACGUGAUAACAAGGCAGUUCAAAUAAGGAAGACUCUUGAGUCCAAAUUGGCAAAAGAAUUAGCUGAGACUUCUAAGAAAUGA